AGAGAGGUAGAGAAAGAGAGGGAAUGAACGAGACACCCAAGAGAGAGAGAGAGAGAGAGAGAGAAAGAGGGAUAUAUUGUGUAUAUAUGUGUGAGAGAGAAAGAGAGAUAAAAAAAAAAGAAAUAGAGAGCGUGGAACUGGUGUGUUUUGUGUGACUGGCGCCCCCCCUGUGGCGUGUGUUGUAAUGUGCAUGUGUUUGAAUUGCACGCCACCUCUCUAACCCCCCUCUCCCCCUGAACCGAGUCUUCAACGUCUGGCUAGCAUUUUGAAACUACCUGCGUGCACUCUUACCAUACAGAUAAUAGAUCUAGGUGUUUUUUUUUUUCCUUCUAUCUUUUAUUACCUGUCGGCAUACAGGUAAAUCUUGUUCAAUGUGUAGCAUUGAACGUGUGUGGAUCAAUCUGUCAAAACAAUGCGAGUCUUAAUAAACAUUUAAUAAAAACAAAACAACAACAAAAUAAUUAUAUAUUUAUUUUAAAAAAUUCACGCGUUUCUUUCAGAAAGAAUAAAUUGUGCAACUCUUCAAAGAAAAAAAAAAAAAGAAGGGAGAUAAUUCCUUCUGGUCAUCUUGUCAUUGAGGGUGAACAGGUUCAUGAAUAAUAGUCGAUAGGUCUAUAAUUCCUGUGUUCGAGAAUGGAUUUAGUGCUGCCAAUCAUCCAUGUUUAGUUUGUUUCCAACGUGUUUCAUUUCUGUCUCUGUGAUUGGUGAAUGCUGGAGUACUUUCUAAACGUUACACUAGAUGUGCAUUCUAGACGUGUGCCCAGUGCCGGCUUUAGAUUUGCAGAGUGUGUGAAUAAUGUUUUUUGAAGCAAUGACUUGGAGACACAAGGUCACUGCUAAACAAAACUUGUGAUCGUGGAACGAGAUUUUAAUCAGUUGCUCAGUAAAACUUACAAAACCAACGACUAUUUAAACAAAAAAAAAAAGCAAAGAAAAAUUUUUCUUUGGUAGAGAAAAAAAAAAUACAGGCGAGUGUAAAACAAGAUGAUGGAUAUAUUAUGAAGCCAUGCUAGCAACGAUGUAGCGGCUACGACUCUACUCGGAAAUUUGUGUUCCGUUCCCGUGGUUGCCAAGGAAACCCGAUUGAAUGUUCCGGCCGAAGGAUAGAUAUUCGGGUGUGCCGUAUCUGAACGAAUGGAUUCUAUAUCAGCAAGGCGGAGCCAGUGACAUGACAACACCGGGGGCAGCUGCCUCUGCUGCUGAGCCCCACCAGCCGUCCAGAUGCCAGUGGUUGAACGACCAGGAGUCACACUUCCACCAUGCCCGACGUUUCCAGACGUCACCCUUAAGUUAUUUUAAGUGGACGAAGGGAGACAACCCACAUGAUCAUGGUCUUGGUCUGGGAGGUCAUGAUGGCCUGCACCACGGGCUCAGCGUCAACGACCACAUUCAGCGGAACAGCAGCGGAGGCGGCGCCGGGGGAGGCGGUAACGGGGGCAGCAUCGGAGGAGGGGGUGGGGGUGGCGGGGGCAUCAACUACGCUCGCACCACCAGCACGGGGAGCAUGAGCGGUCCCCCCACCCCCACGAAUGGCCCCGGCGGCCCGAACACGCCCCUGGUGGUGCCCCAGCCCGUCAAGCCCCCAAGCCGUACCGGUACGAAGACGUACCAAUGCAAGAUAUGUGAUCAAGUUUUCACCACCAAGUCAGAUAUGUUGAUUCACUGCCAACAGAUCCACAAGCAGGACCCGAAACCUUACAAAUGUCCGACCUGCUCGAAAAGCUUUGCUAACUCGUCCUAUCUCUCCCAGCACGCACGCAUCCACUCUGGGCUCAAACCUUACAAGUGUGAGAUUUGUGAGCGCAAAUUUACUCAGCUAAGCCACCUCCAGCAACACAUACGUACCCACACCGGCGAGAAGCCGUACAAGUGUAUGCACCCAGACUGUCCCCUGAAAUUUUCCCAACUGAGUCACCUGAAGCAACAUUUUCGCUCCCACACGGGGGAAAAACCCUACAAGUGUCUGUUCAUGGACUGCCCCUUGAAAUUUGCCCAACUGAGUCACAUGAAGCAGCACUAUCGCUCACACACGGGCGAGAAACCCUACAAGUGCAUGCACCAGGACUGCCCCUUGAAAUUUGCCCAACUGAGUCACAUGAAGCAGCACUAUCGCUCACACACGGGCGAAAAACCCUACCAGUGCAUGUACCAGGACUGCGUACAAAAAUUUGCCCAGCUCAGCCACCUCCAGCAACACACUCGCUUACAUACUGGCGAGCGACCCUACAAGUGUACACACCCCGGGUGCGGUAAAGCUUUUUCACAGCUGUCUAAUUUGCAAUCUCACUCACGCUCACACAUGACGGACAAGCCGUUCCGAUGCAAUUCAUGUUAUAAAUGCUACGCAGAUGAGCAGUCACUGCGGGAGCAUAUACCAAAACAUUCAGACACCAAACAUCUUAAGACACACAUCUGUCAUAUAUGUGGAAAAUCAUAUACACAAGAAACAUACCUGACACGUCACAUGACCAAGCACUCCCAAGAAAAUGUACCCAAGAUAAUGACACGGCCUAUCAAACAGGAGCCAAUGGACUUGGUGGACCGUGACUUCAUCGGGGCUCGUCUGCCCGAUAGGUCCACGCCCUCUGACCUUAGCAUGAAUCCAGGUGGAGCCACAUCAUGCAGCAAAGGGAGUGCCCCCUCGUCCGCCUUCAUGCCAUUGUCUCCUUUUGCAGCCAACACUGUGAGUUCUUCCUCCGGCCCAGGCUACCAUUAUAGCCCAGGCCUAAGUCACAACAGCUUGAGCUCUCCACUACCCCAUAUCUCUUCCAUGGCAUCACCACGCUACUUCCCGUAUGACCCCAUCGCAUUCGGGAGAAAGUCAGACGGCCAGGAGCGCAACCUGAACAUGGCUGGCGUACCCAGAGAGUCAAUGAUCGCCAACUCUCUUCUGAGCUUGCAGCAUAUCAAGAACUAUGCUUCCCAGCAGAUGCCCAGCUUCACGCCAACCCCAGGUGCCGGCUCACGAUUGGCUUAGUCUUCGCUUGACAUCGACUGAAGGCUUCACCCUAGCUUUGAUCUCAAACCCCCCACACGCACUUAACAAUCAAGGAGAAGAAUUGUUGAUGGCUGACCUACAUCUGCAGUAUUCAAAUUAUUUCCUCUUUUUUGUUUUCUCUACGAAUUGAACAUUUUUAUUUAUGUUUCAAACCAGUUGAUAAGAAAAACAACAGAAACCUUUAGGCUGUAAUUAACUAAUUACUGACAAACUAAAACCUUUAAAGUUAUGCAACAAAUGUUUUGAAUGUUCACAAUACAAAAAUCUUGAACUAUGAAGUAGUUACAUUUGAAAGAGACCACUUAGAAAUUGAUAUCCUAGCCCAACGUUACACUACAAACAUAUUGUUAAGUGCCUGAUUACUCUAUGCGGGACCACACAUCACUGCAUUGUAUAUUGCUACAGGCCCUGGUACCCUACAUCCAUGUUGAGAAAAUUCAUUGGUCUAGAGCUGAAAAAGAGGGUGCCUAGUUGAAAGCAACCGUGCUCUAGCUCUGUGUCGCAUGACUAAUGCCUGUCCAACAGCAUGUAAGCACAUCAAACGUGAAUGGUGUUUUGCUUAAGUUUUCUACUUGGGAAUGUAGACUUAAGCCAAUGCAUAGCCGCACUAUUAGAAGAGUGAUAUAACACACACACACAUCCUGACCCUUCUAAUAAUCUUGUUCCUCUACAACUUUUUUUUUUGGUUCUCUUUGUUGACUUACAAAAAAUAUUAUUACAUAAAUCUCUUUAGAUAUACUUUAAAUAUAUUUAAUUUAUUUUUUUAUUGAAAAAAUCAGAAUAUUUACUUAAAACAUGAUCACAUUUCAUACUUAGGACAACAAAAAGCUAGCAGAACAUAUUUUAGGGAGGUUUUGUUUUUUUUAUCUUGUAAAUUUCUCUUCCAGGCUUUAAAUUUUUUUUCUUUUCGUUUAACAAGUUUGAUACCUUGCCUUGAAGGCUACCACAAACUUAACAGUCUCUAGUGAUGUAGCUGGUAAUCUACAAGUCUGUAGAAUACAUCUUCUCCCAUCAGACCAAUGCAAGCUGCAUAGAUUCAUGCCAUGUAUACAGUUCUUUUCACUAAUUUAUUCUCUUGUUCAUAAUUGUCUUUUUAAUUGUAGAUAAUUGACCAAAUGCUCACUAUACAAGGAGAAAGAAAUACAACAAUUUUUUUUUUAUUUGAUCAAAACAGAUGACAAUUUGUUUCAUAUAAACAUUAAUCCACCCUGCUGUGUAUAUUUUGUUACAAAUGAUAUGCUAUUAUCAAAUAGAAACACAAAGUAUUUAAUAAAAGGAGCAGAAAAACAUCUUUUGUACAAAAAAUAAAUAAUUUUUUUUUGUUUUGGUUUGAAUUUCUUCGAUUGUACAGUAACAUGUAAGUUAUUUUUCAUUUUGUUCUGUCAUGAUUACCAGACAUCUAGAAAUACAUCCACGAGUAGGUUUUGUGCAUACAGACAUUAAAAGUAGAACUUUUGGUUCAUUCGUUUUGAUUUGCUCUUAAAUUGUGAGAUUUUUUUUAUUUUUUUUUGCCGUAUAUGUAGAAAUAGAGUCAAGUUGAAGCUACUUUAGUAUUAAAUUACCCCAGUUUAUUGUUCUAUUAAAGUAAUCUUACCGUUGCUCUCAAAUACAAUUAAUUUUUGCUUUACUCAUUUAUUUGAGAUAUAUACUGGUCUAAGCAAGAGUAAAAGGCAAUGUGAGCAGGCAAUAUUUUUGGGCUAACACUUCAAACAUGAAGCUAUGACAAGUACCUUUCAAGGGCUUUUCAUCAUAAAAACAAUCUUUGUAACAACAAAAUGUUUAUACAAUAAAUAGAAAAUUUAUUUUACAAUACCCAGAACGUCUAAAAUUUUUGAUGAAAAAAAAUUAUUUUUUUAUUUGUAAGCUUAUGUCAUCUAGAAGAUAAAUUAGGCCAGCACUGCUCUUGAUUUACUUUGUCUGUAAAUGUUUAUUUCUUUGUUAGUCACACUAUGAGGUUUGAAAAAGGGUGUUAUUCCAGUGUGGGGGUGUUAGGUGGUCAAAUGUCCAGAGGUCCAGUCUUGUAAGGAAGACAAAGCCAUGUGAUAGACAGUUCAGCUGAUGAAGCACUUUUUGCUUAGCCAAUUUUGUAAAAAAAAAAAAAAAUAUUAAAUUGCGAGUUAACUAUGGAAGAAUAUAAGGUAAGGAUGCUAAGUGAAUCCUUCCAGUGUGUUAGCUGCAGGAGAGGAAUCCUGGGUAAACCCUCAUGUGUCUACGUCCCGCGAUGACGAGCACGAAAAACACUAUUUUCAAAAUAGCGUCCUUUGGCCUCAGUUUCCCUAGCCAGUCCAUGACAUGUAGGGUUAGGGUUUGAUCCUCAGCUAACACAUUGAAAGUACUGUUAUUUAUCUGAUGAGCACCGCACUGGUGCCAGAUAAUUCUACUGACGUUUGAGUGUUUAUUAUGGGAUUAUCUCUUCAGUGUAAACAUUGAUACCAUUAUAAAAACUUGCCUGUUAAGAUGCAAGCAUGUUUGAUUUCUUUACUAGUUCAUGUCAUAAAAUGAAUGUAACACUACAAAAUGUACACUAUUAUACUGGAGACAGGACGAGUUGCAAAGAUGGGCAGGAGGUUUUAAUUAUGUUUUUUAAGGGUUUUAUUACUGCUUGUGAUUCUUAUUUGAUAUUAAUAAUGGAAGUCUAGCAUUUUGAUAUUUUGAUUGUGAAUUAUUUGUCAGGACAAAUAAUAAAUCUUGUUUUGGAUGCUUUAUGCCAGCAUGUACGAUAAACUGUUUUAAAGUUUAUAAAUUAUAAUAAUUAAAAAAAAAAAACUUUGUCCAACGACAUUUUUAUAUAUGUAAGUUACUAGCACGGCAUUUCUCCAAUCCUAACGUUCAACUCCAUUCUAUUCUGUGUUAAUCAUUGUCAUCUUUUUUAAAACCUUUUUUUUUUUAAGUGUUAUUCUUCGAUUGUGAUUUUUUUUUUGAACUAUUUGUAUAUAUUUAUAUAUAAAUCGAUUCUAUUUUGAAUGUUUUGUUUUGAAUGUCAAGCACCAUGUAGUCCUGAUCUGUGUAGUUAGUCCCCCCCAGAGCAUAUUGCCAUGUUUAUUCUUUGAAAUCAUCACCUUGAUUCAUGUUGUAUUCCAUCCUUAAGGUGUAGCCAUUUAUUUCCACUUGAUGUUUGAUUCUUUCAUUAGCCUUUUUUUCUUUUAGCCGUUUGUGAUGAAAUCUAUUGUUGUGGUCAUCCUGUGGUCAUUUCGUCUACCUGAUUAUCUUAAUCACAUUGCAGUGUACAUAUUUCUUCGCUUUUUUUUUUUGUCUAUGCUUGUGAACCAUUUUCCCCAUCAGUUUUUAUGUCUAUAUUUAUAUAAAUAUAUCUUGAAAUAUUCAACCUAUAAAUAUGCUAUGGGUUUUUUUUCAAUAAAUGUUUGUACUAAUUUUGAAUAGUGUCAUCCUAUAUAUAAUCACUGGUAGUAUCACAUGAUAUAACUUUGUAUGUAUGUAAACGGUAUUGAAUGCAAUGACUUAACAUAAAUUACUGUUACGAUUAAGUUAAUUAUAUGAUCCAUUUAUUUCAGUUCAAGUUUGAAAGUUUAUUUUAUUGUUAAAUAUUGUCAGGAGAUCGAUGCAGUUUUGAGAAACUCUUGUACAAUCAACUUUGAGCAUCAAAUGCUGUCAAUUAGUUAGAAAUGUGAUUUUCUUGAAUGCAGGUGUGCAGUUCAGAUCUGUCAGAGUCUUGAGGGCAGAACAGUUGGCAAGAAGACUCUUGUGGACUGGCUAGGGAAAACUGAGGUUCUGGGCGCUACCUUGGUGCUUGUCAGCGCGCAGGUAGCAGAGUCUUCUUCCUAAUUGCUUGGCCCUCAUUCUCUCUAUGUAUGGUUUGAUACAUCUUUUCACUAGUUGAAUACCGGUAAUAAAAACUGAAAUUGACAGCUGUCUACGUACAGGAUAAAUAAUUUCAAGAUUCGGUUUGGCAACUAUUCAGUAUCAUCUUAAAUAGGUGCAGGCCAUUAGUUUUUUUUGUUUUUUUUUUCACAUAGCAUUUUUUUUUUGCGUACUCAACUUCCAUGACCACAGCUGGACAGAAUGGCAUGAUAUAUGUUUGUGAUAUUUUCUUGUCUUUGUAUUUCUUUAGGUGAUAUUGGCCUCCCCAAUCUUUUUGAAAGCCUUGACUCAAGGUGAUACUGGCCUCCCCACCUUACUAAACAACAGUUUAGCAGUGAUACCUACUUACUAAUCUUAGUGCGUCACUGGUAACACAGUGAGGCUUUGUAUAUUUUCGAAGAAUUCAUGGUCACUUAGGUGAAUGUCAGCCAGCAAUGGUUUUUCUCAGCCUUGUAAACUUUUUCUUUUUUUUUUCCCAGAUGUUUAUGUCACUGUCUUGAAAUAAUCAGUCAAUCCAAGGUUGAUUUUCACAUGCUUUUCUUUACGGGAAUUGUCUGGACAGUUGGGCUUUAGUCAACCAAUAUCUGUGCUUAGAGUGUAUUGUCCUGCUAGACAGUGGUGUAAUAUUACAUCAGGUUCAAUGUCAUCAGGCCUAUUGUUUUAUUGGUUAGUUCAGUUUGGGUUAGGUAGAGACAUGGCCCAAGAUGUAAGAACAAAUGGUACUGAAGUCAUCUAUGAAAUGAUCAGUUUGGGCUCAGAGUGCAAGGGAUGGCUAGCAUUCUUCCAAAGUUCAAGGCCCAUCAGCUAUCAUCUCUUUUCAGCAGACUUUCCUCCUGGUAAGCUUGUGACAUAUGUCUCCUUUCUGUGUGUGUUUAGAUUUCAGAGUAACUUAGGGAUAUCUGUCAAAACUGUCUGUGUGUUUAAAUCACAGUGUUCUCUUCUGGCAUUGGUUGUCAUGUGGUUGGAAGUGACUUGCAGCCUUCUUAUAAGACACUCAAACACUUUCCAGCAGCUCUCUUGCAUUAUCACUCUCCACUAGGCUUUCAUUCAGAAGAUAGGACUCUUUCUACAGGAAUAUUGUAACUAUUGAUCAAAGUAACUAACUUUCACCUGAAAAUUUUUUUUCUCCCGAAAUUUCUCAAUGCUAAAAAUUGUGUUAAGUCACUUUAAGUCAUUCGAUAACUUUGGGAUGUCAGUCAUCUUGUCAUUAAGUCUUUAAAUGUUAGUCAGUCAUUGUGUCAUAGUUCAGUAUUUGCAGCUAUGUCUUUGAAUCCAAUUGCUCAAAACUUUUGACUGAAAUAAAUCAUUUGGACCCAGUAAAUCAAAAUUCUUGUCACAUUGUUUUAAUCCCAAGUUGAACAAAAUAAUUGUCUUAGGCAAGUGAGUUCAAUAAUCGCACUCUUUUACUGGUUACACAAUUUCCCUUCUGACACCACAUUAUGCCACAAUUUAAUAUUUGGAAUCUAUUUGGUUGAACAGGUUGUGUGAUUUAGUUUUGAAUCGACUUUUUGUGCUCUUUUCUUCUAAGUGGAGAUGUUUUCUUUUGUUUUUAUUUUGUUAUGUCAGUACUAAAUUUUAACUAAAGAAAAAUCUUUUCUUUCUUUUUCUCAUCCAAGCAGCAAGCAAUUGUUUCUUUACAUUCUACUCAGACUUAUACACAGGCUGUUGAUGUAUACUUCUUUGAGUUUUAUUUUUGUAUUUUGUUGUUUUUUGUGUUAAAUCUAGUUUUUUUUUGUUCUUUCACAUUUGAUGUGAAACUGUGAUGGUGCUCUAGACUUUUUUGCUAUGCACACAUUCAUGUCACUUACACAGCCCUUCUCUAUGUCAUAGCAAGACACUUUACAAUGAUGUGACUAAACGACUUGAAUUAAAACUUCCCUUGUUGAAACCAAGUCAUAAAACUUGAGCAUUCAGAGCAGUUACUUUUUGUUAUGCACACAUUCAUGUCACUUACACAGCCCUUCUCUAUGUCAUAGCAAGACACUUUACAAUGAUGUGACUAAACGACUUGAAUUAAAACUUCCCUUGUUGAAACCAAGUCAUAAAACUUGAGCAUUCAGAGCAGUUACUUUUUGCUAUGCACACAUUCAUGUCACUUACACAGCCCUUCUCUCUGUCAUAGCAAGACACUUUACAAUGAUGUGACUAAACGACUUGAAUUAAAACUUCCCUUGUUGAAACCAAGUCAUAAAACUUGAGCAUUCAGAGCAGUUACUUUUUGCUAUGCACACAUUCAUGUCACUUACACAGCCCUUCUCUCUGUCAUAGCAAGACACUUUACAAUGAUGUGACUAAACGACUUGAAUUAAAACUUCCCUUGUUGAAACCAAGUCAUAAAACUUGAGCAUUCAGAGCAGUUACUUUUUGUUAUGUCUUUUUAAACCACCAUUUGCAGUCCUUGCGAUCUAUGGGGCAGAUGAUGUAAAGGUCAUCUGUUUCACAGUUAAUGAGGGUGUCAUGUGGCCAGCACAGUAACCUAUUGCCUUUACUUUUCUCCAACCAAUGUCGGGUAACCAUUAGAGCUAGUUGGACUUGGACGUGCCCUAAAAUCUCGAAAUUCAAAAUCUCAGUCUUCACCAGGAUUCGAACCCGGAACCCUCGGUCUUUGAUGGCUUCCUUAAAAUGUUAGAUCCCCAUCUGUUCUUAAAACAGCACCAAGCAUUUUUAUGAAGGAUCUAUUACAGGCAGACAAAACAUUAUAGGCUAAUCACCAAGCAACACUUCUGUAAGGCACCAUAGAAUAUUUUCAGCUGUAACCAAACAGUUGGAGGUCAACUGUUUCUGUCUAGUUAUGUGGUCAGGCCAGUAUCAUCUUCUCUUGUCUUAUAUUCCUUUCAUCUCUUGGCUGCAGGUUCUCUUGUCAUGCACUGACCAGAUGUGAUAGUUGAUUGGGAUCAGGGUGAAAACUGUACAGUUUUUAUAGACACCUUAAAGCCCUUUUCAAAACUGUCUUAACUUUAUCUGUUUGGUUGUUUACUAGAGAGAUGCUUAAAGAAGGUUUUUGUAUGGUCAGUAUGUUCCCGUUGUUCUAGUUGAGAGAACCAAUCUCCUGGUUUGGAAACAAAUUAUUUCUACUCAAAGUCUGAUUUGUUUUAGUUUGCUGGAGUCUAAGAAACCAUUGUGUAUGUGUGUGUGUGUUGCAGGAUGUUUUAGUUUCCAGUUGUGAUACUAUUUAUCUGAGUUUUUAUUCAAAAUGUUAGUUUCUUUCUACCACUUUUUCUUGCUCCUACAAAACUCAAACUCUGAGAGACAUAUGAGAUACUAAUGGAGCUUUCACAAACCUGGACAUUGAAAAUGGGCUUUAAAAGUAAUAGAUAUUAUAUUCCCAGGCAAUGGAAGUUGUAUCAGACCAAAUCAUUGCUUAGUCAUUGGGUUCCAUAUUCAGUUGAGUUUUGUUUGCAGAUAAGGAUAAUGAGUAAUGUUAUUAGAGAGAGUGUUAGACUUAGUUUUUCAUGCUUAUGAAUUUAAUGUGACUGAAUUUUUUUUUUUUUUUUUUUUUUUUUGCAGUCACUGAAAAAAAACAACAAAAAAACAAUUGUAAUGUAAAGUUAUUUAAAAUGUUUACCAGUUUAACUUGGUUUUACCUUCUGUUUUGUCUGACAUGUAAAUAAUUAGAGAUGUUCAUGGUGUUUCUCAAGUGACUGAAUGCAGUGGUGCUUUCUUUGUCCAACAUCUUUCCAAUUAUUUUUUUUGUUUUUGUUUUUUUGAAUUUUGUGUUUGGGCCAAAUGGUUACUACUGGGCAGCAACUAGUUCAUCAAGACUUUGACCUGCAACAUCGUAUCAAAGAAUACAUUCUAUUGCUCAAUUCUAUACUAUAUAGAACUUCAUAUAGAACUAUAGAUUUGGAGUUUCUCUAUUUGUAUAUAUAUAUUUACUUGUAUAGUCCUAGCCCAUUUCUCAUCUCUUAGUGAAUUGCACUUUAAGACCAUUUUCUCUGUCAUAGUUGAAAGUUUUGCAUUUAAUACAAGGAAAAAAAAAAAAGCUGUUAAGUCACUGACACCUAAUACCAUAAAUGUUAAUGAAGUCUAUACAUUGUAUGCAUCUUUUUUUUUUUUAAAUAUAAUAUAACGCUUUUUUUGUUGUCAAUCUUAUGGGUUUUUGUUUCUUCCAUUUUCUGUGGCCACCAAUAGCAUUGUAUCUUAUGUACACUUUGGUUUGGUAGAAGUGUGAUGUGACACAGCUUGCUCCAUCCUUUAGAACAGGGGUUCUCAACCUGUGGGUCGUGACGCCCUUGGGGGUCGAUGUGACCAUUUGCCAGGGGGUCGCUUAAGACCAUCGAAAAUAUGGAUUGUUAUUGCCUACUCUUCUAUUGCUGUAUGUGUGUGUUGGAGGUGGGGGGGGGGGGUCGCGGCAGAGUGUGGGGUUAUAAAAAGGGGUCGCCGAGCUUAAAAGGUUGAGAACCGCUGCUUUAGAAUGACAUGUUGUAAGCAGCAAAGUCAAUGGAGAGUAAGGCUUAGUUCUAACACUAUUUAAUAUCUAGUAAGACAGAGGGGAAAUCUCAAUAGUGAGAAACAAUAUUUUGUAAACUUUGAUCAUUGAAGACUUUUCAAAAAUUAUUUAAACAAAAAAAGUUUAUGUUUAUUCUCAUGAAAAGUUGUGGAUAAUCUUCCAAAUGAUUAGAUCUUGAACUUGCUUCCUGUAGACUAUAGAACCAUUGUUUAGAGUCGAGUGACUAGUUGUGUGAGAAUGUCUUUUAUUUCUUGUGAAUGUACCAAUCAGUCUCUUUAAAACACUUAGAUUUGAACCCAUUGUUCUGUACAUAGUUCAUUCUACCGUUUUGUUGACCACAAAAUUGAGUAUUUAUCUAUUUAUACGUCUCUACCCUUACACUAUUUAUCUAGAUAUUCAUCUGGUAUUACAGUAACUGGACUGGUUGGGGGGGGGUGAGGAGGAGGAGUAUGUUGUUUUUGUGUGUCAUUAGUUUUGAAUUCAAGUCUCUCUCUCUCAUAUGUCCAUACACUAUGUGCCCAUAACUCUAAAAAAACUUUGUUGGAAAUUUAAUCCCAGUGACUUCCCUUUUCUUUCUAAGGAAAGAAUUUUUUUUUUUCAUUGGCCAACAUGGUACCAAUGUUCAACGCAUUUUUUUUUUGUUCCAGGAAUGGACUGUUCUAUCUAUCUAAUUAUCUUCUUAAACAACGAUCAUUUGAAAAAGAAUUUUUUUUUUUCUGAGUGUUGUGUCUUGCCUGUGACUUUAUUCUUUAGCCACAUUUGUUAAAGCUUUCUCUUUUGCCUGAUCAAGUUAGGAGAAUGAAUGAGAGUCAAGUCUUCAUGAAGCCUCUGUCAUUAGAGUUACAGCAACUGUCUGUAUGAUAAAAGGAGGGGGGGGGGAUAAAACUCUUUCAAAUUUGUUAAAUAUUUGAGUUUAAAAAAAACAAUAACUUGUCAUUGUAGCUCUUUGAUUUUUGUGAAUAUGUAAUUUUUCUAAAAAUGUACAUGAAAAUGUAUUUCAUUGGUUAGACUAAAAGAAAUCAGCACUCAUUUUUAAGCACUGAGUGUAAUGCCUUGGCUUAAAGUUUCCAAAAGCAAAUUCAAUUCUUUGCAUACUCUAAGAGACACUUGAGUGUAAAUAAGUGUGUAUAAUUGGGAUAAGAUUUCUAUUUCUCUCAGACUAAUGAAGUCAGAAACUUUCCUAGGAAUGUCAUAAUAAUGUGCAAAGUGUAUCAACUAAGGUCUGGCCACCUGCACAUAGAAUCUAGGUUGGACAUGUUGUCAGCUUGUUUUACGCAUAAGAUGAUUGUCAUGAGGAAGAUGUUUAGGUUGAAGCCACUAGAUCUAGUUUUUAAAGGAAUUCAGGUCUUGAACUAAAUCACUGCCAGUGUUUCAAGUGAGAUUAGAAUGUCGUCUGCUUGUUACAGACUUUGAUCUUUUAAAAAAAAUUUUUUUUUCUUGUUUCAACUCAGCACUCUGCUUUUGUUUCACUUAAACUUUGACCCCGGAUGAAAACCACCAAGAAUCUUGUUGCGCCAGUUUGCAAGCGAGUCUGUUGCAAAAGUUUGCUGUGAAUCGAAAUGGUUGUAUAUCUAGAAAUCUCAAUCUAAUUUUCCCUGUCAAAGCUGGCAGUCCACAAGUUCAUUUCAUCUUCCUGUUCAGUUCACCUGUGCUAGUUUUUUUUUUUUUUUUUUUUUAAUCCAAACAUUGUUAUUGUAGAAACUUUCAAUUGGUUAAAAUCAAGCUACAUUUGAACCUGUGUAGAAACUUUCAAUUGGUUAAAAUCAAGCUACAUUUGAACUUGUGUAGAAACUUUUAAUUGGUUAAAAUCAAGCUACAUUUGAACCUGUGUAGAAACUUUCAUUUGUUUAAAAUCAAGCUACAUUUGAACUUGCGUAGAAACUUUCAAUUGGUUAAAAUCAAGCUACAUUAGAACCUGUGUAGAAACUUUCAAUUGGUUAAAAUCAAUCUACGUUUGAACUUUUAUGGUAUAGUUUGUUUUUGGUUAUCUUCUUGUAAGAAUCUCUCUUUUUUUUUAAAUUGAAGUUAGGCCAAGUUAUUUAACAGUAAUAAUUUUUUUUUUUUAAAUAAAAGCACUAAAAACAUUUAAGUUAAACUAUCCUAGUCAUGUCAGCUUGCCCUGCUGAUUUGUUUUAAUGAAGAACUUUCUUUUGUCCCCUAAGUACAGAAUGUGCAUCUAUCAAGUUUUGAUUGCUUGGUCCAACUAGUACACUACAGUUACUAUUUCACACAUCUUUUUUAACCAGUGGUUCCCAAACUUUUUUCUUUCACGAAACGCUUUGCACAUUUCAAGCAUUUAGCGGAACACUUUGCUAAUUUUUAAUUUUUGGUGAGAGAUAAAUUCAUGUGUUGGUCUACUGGUUAGUGGAACACUUUGCUAAUUUUUGGUGAGAGAUUAAUUCAUGUGUUGGACUCUUAGUUAGUGGAAUACCCAUUCAGGCCUGGCGUAACAUGGUUUGGGAAACACUGGUUUAUAGGGAUAAAGUUUGAGGGAGAUUUGAUGUUAGAAAUAAUGAAAUAUAUAACGUAUAAAUAAUGUAUUACAUGAAUAAUUCUUUGAAAGCUGGGAAGGGUUUAGUUUUGACAGCUGUCAAUUUUUUUUUUCUUUAUAAUUUAUCCUUGAGAAUAUUUAAUGAUCCAACACUUCAGACUGAAGAGGCUUACACUGCACUUUGAUGGAUGUAGAUUUGUCUUACAUUUUUAAAUAUUUGAUUUUUUAUUUUAAAAUUGUAUGUCCUUUUUUUUUUUCUGUAAUUUUUGUGUGCAACAAGAAUUAUUUUGACUUGUUUUUUACUCUGGCUAAAUGUUAAAUUAGCAAUAUGCUACCAACUAAUGUAGAGACAGUUACAUGUCUGGCAUUACACAUUGUGCAGGAGGAAGUCACCUUGUGAUGGGAUGUCACACUAGAAAUACAAGUAUUGUAACAAUUUUAAACUUCUGUCAAUGUUUAAAUUUAAGAUUUUAAUAAAGAAGGGGAGGUUACUUUUUUUUUGUUUUAAAUUUCUGAUACCAAAGAAUGUCUGCUUUUGAAACUUCUUGAGUUGCUGCCCUUGAGACGUUUUUUUUUU